CAUAAUUGAAAGCACUUUUUUUUGGUUAUGUUUGACGGAUAAAAGUGCUUUCUGGGUAAUAUUCCUGUUGAAAUAAGCACUUUUAUAUGUUUAGGUUUUUUAAACCCCGUUUUAUUGAGUUUUUGGAGUCAUCCAAACAGGUCAUAACAUAGUGUUCUUUCUUUCUCUUUCUCUCUCUCUCAGUAAUAUAAACAAACAGUUUGUUCGCGUAUAGAUUUGCUCCGAAUGUCGCAAUUCUUUUACGACGCAUUGCUUUGCUUUCUUCCUCCACGCGUCUUUCACCGUCAUUGUUUCUCGUUUUCAUCUCAUUUCUGACAAUGAGAUCAAAAUUCUAGCACUCUUUCUUUUUUCGUCGAUUUUUGUGUGUGUUGUUGUUGGUUGAGGUUUUAUUUCUCAGAUUUCUGUAAGAUUUCUGAGGGAUUUCUGUGAGAUUUCUGAGAUUUCGGAGAUCAGAAGGUGAAAUGGCACCUUUGUUCAAUUGGGGUGCGAAAGAGAGUCAUAGAGGAACACCGGUGGUUGUGAAAAUGGAGAAUCCGAAUUGGUCCAUGGUUGAACUCGAAGGUCCUUCAGAGGAAGAUAUUCUCAUGACAAACCCUUCUUCAAGAGACAAAGGAAGAGGGAAAAACGCCAAACAACUCACUUGGGUUCUUCUCCUGAAAGCUCAUAGAGCUGCGGGUUGUUUAACUUCAAUGGCCCCUGCAUUGUUUGGACUUGUCUCCGCCGUGAAACGCCGUGUGGCUUCCGGAAGAACGGACGCCGAAACCGACACGGAGGCUGGUGGUGGAGAUGGUGGUUGGGAAAAGGAAAACCCUACCGUGAAAAGUAGGUUCUAUACAUUUAUAAAAGUGUUUCUAUCUUUGUCGGUGUUUUUGUUGUGUUUUGAGGUUGUUGCUUAUUUUAAAGGUUGGCAUUUUAGUGCUCCGCAUCUUGAAUUAUGGAGUCCGGCAUUUGGGGUUAAGGAUAUUUUUGAUUGGUUUUAUGCUAGAUGGGUUUUGGUUCGUGUUGAUUAUCUUGCUCCACCUUUGCAAUUUCUCACAAAUGCUUGUAUUGUGCUUUUCCUUAUUCAGAGUAUAGAUAGGUUGGUUCUUUGUUUAGGUUGUUUUUGGAUCCGGUUUAAGAAAAUCAAACCUGUUCCAAAAGGUGCUGAUGGUGGUGUUUUAGAUCUUGAAUCUGGAGAAAAGGGUUUCUUCCCUAUGGUGCUUAUUCAGAUCCCCAUGUGCAAUGAGAAAGAGGUUUAUCAACAAUCUAUUGCUGCAGUGUGUAAUUUGGAUUGGCCAAAAUCGAAUUUUCUGAUUCAAGUUCUUGAUGAUUCGGAUGACCCGAUAACACAAUCGUUGAUUAAAGAAGAGGUUCAAAAAUGGCAACAAGAAGGUGCCAACAUUUUGUACCGACACCGGGUGAUUCGAGAUGGGUACAAGGCUGGUAAUCUGAAAUCUGCAAUGAAUUGUAGCUAUGUGAAGGAUUAUGAAUUUGUUACAAUUUUUGAUGCUGACUUUCAACCUACCCCUGAUUUCCUUAAAAAAACUGUUCCUCAUUUUAAGGAUAAUGACGAAUUAGGACUUGUUCAAGCUAGAUGGUCUUUUGUGAACAAGGAUGAGAAUCUUUUAACUAGGUUGCAGAAUAUUAAUUUGUCUUUCCAUUUUGAAGUGGAACAACAAGUGAAUGGUGUUUUCCUUAAUUUCUUUGGCUUCAAUGGAACUGCUGGAGUUUGGAGAAUAAAAGCUUUGGAAGAAGCUGGUGGUUGGUUGGAGAGAACCACUGUGGAGGAUAUGGAUAUUGCCGUUCGAGCUCAUCUCCAUGGAUGGAAAUUCAUUUUCCUCAAUGAUGUUGAGUGCCAAUGUGAGUUACCUGAAUCUUAUGAAGCUUACAGAAAACAGCAGCAUAGAUGGCAUUCUGGGCCAAUGCAGUUGUUUCGCCUUUGUUUGCCUGACGUCAUACGAGCCAAGAUAAGCAUAUGGAAGAAAUUCAACAUGAUAUUUCUCUUUUUCCUUCUUAGAAAACUGGUGUUACCAUUCUACUCAUUCACCCUGUUCUGCAUAAUUCUUCCCAUGACAAUGUUCGUACCGGAGGCCGAAAUCCCUGCGUGGGUUGUUUGUUACAUCCCAGCAAUCAUGUCAUUUCUCAACAUUCUUCCAGCACCAAAAGCUUUUCCCUUCAUCGUACCUUACCUCCUAUUUGAGAACACCAUGUCAGUUACAAAAUUCAAUGCCAUGAUCUCAGGCCUAUUCCAGCUCGGAAGCGCGUACGAAUGGGUCGUCACUAAGAAAUCCGGCCGUUCAUCAGAGGGCGAUCUAGUUUCAUUGAUCGAGAAACCAAAGUAUCAAAGAGGGUCAUCAGCACCUGAUCUCGAGGAAAUGAAAGAAGAAAUUAGGAAACAGGAAGAAAAAAUGACGAAGAAAAAGAAGAAGAAACAUAACAAAAUGUAUAUGAAGGAACUUGCUUUGGCUUGUUUACUCUUAACAGCUUCAGCAAGAAGUCUCCUUUCAGCUCAAGGAAUUCACUUCUACUUCUUGUUAUUCCAAGGAGUAUCAUUCCUUUUGGUGGGUCUAGAUUUGAUUGGUGAACAAGUAGACUGAGAAAAAAAAGCAAUAUCAGAGUAAUAAUUGGAAUCUGUACAAUGUAGAGAGAGACAUGCAUGAGGAGUUAGUCAGUUAAAUACAAGCAAAAAAGCAAAGGCUCUAUGAAUCAUGGAGACAACAAUUUAUUGGGAGGGCUUAAAGUGCUGGUCUUUUGCUUGCUCAUGCUUCUCACUUCAGGCUCGUUAAUUCAAUUCAACUCAAUCAAAUAUGUGAGUACAGUCUGUUAUUAUCAUCACCAUGGAUUGAAAAAGAAGAUUUUGAUGCCUUUUUCAUUCAAAAUGUGUAUGUUUUAACCCUUUUUUUUUCUAAUUCAUUUUUGUAAUUUAUGUGGAUUUUUUCUCGAUGGAUCAUUCUUUUUCUGUAAGAAAAUUUGUGGUUCAAAACUUUUACUGACAGGAACAGAAGAAACAAUAUUCUCCA